GCCAGUUUUAUUAUCAAAAUGUAUUGACUUUUAUAUGCAAUUCUUUUAAAAUUUGUAAUUGGAACAUAAUAAAAAAAAAGGAAGCAUGGAGCUGUUAGAGCAAACCUAUCAAAAAGCUUUAUCAGUAAAUGAGCAAAUGAUAGACAAAUGGCAAAGAUGUAUAUCAGAAUAUUUGUGUGUAAAAGAACGCCUAGAAACAUUUAGAACGGAACUUAGUUUAAAAAUCAUGGUACCUUUAGGUUCGAAGGCUCUGAUGAGAGGCAAACUAUAUCAUACUAAUGAAAUAUUGGUUCAUUUGGGGGACGGUUGGUUUACUAAACGAAGUGCUCAACAAGCUUUAGAUAUUUGUAAUCGAAGAAUUCAAAACGCUGAAGAUAUGCUUAAACAAUUUCAGCAAGAAAAAUCUUGGUUGACAAGUAAAAGAAAUAUUCCAAAAAUGUUUGAUGUGUUUGCUGAUCAUGAUCGUCAAGAAAUAAUUGAAGAUUAUGAUGAAGAAAAGGAGAAAAUAUGGAGAGAAAGGCAUAAACAAAAAGUAAAAGAAUAUCGUCAAAACUUAAAGAAACAGGAACAAGCUGAUGAUGACAAAAUAACAGAUGAAGAAUAUUGGCAAAAACUGGAAGAACUUGAAAUUCAAGAAGAAUUUGAAAGAGAAAUUGAGAAAUCUGGAACUACUUCCUUCAUGAGUGAAAUAUCGAAAAAUAUAAACCUAUUUGGUGACAAAAAUAUUUCUAAUAAUGAUUUUUCACAUUCUAUUCAGUCUAAAAUAUAUGACGACCUCAAUAAUUUGGAUGCCUCUAUUGAAGGUCAUGUAGAUACUUUCUCAAAAUCAGAUUCAACACCACACGAUGUUGAUGAAAUAUCUAAUGUUGUUCUGUUAGAAAGAAAAUCGAAGAUUUGUGAAAACAUACCUCUUGAUAUGAAACUGAGUUAUGAUUUCAUUGGGGCUUUUGAUGAGGAUGAAAUUAAACAGGAUUCUUUGACCAUAGGCUUUGCCAAUACUGAUACUUCACUUCAGGGAAUUAAAAUUGAUGAUCAUAAAAGUAUUAACACAGAAACAGAAGAUGAAUGUGCUAAACCAAGGUUGCUUGAAGAUCCUCAAAAAAUUUCCAAUGUUAUAUUGCUUAAUAGACAAGUGAAUAUGAAUAACGAUAUGAACAUAAAUAUUCAGAAGGAGAACAAAUCGCAAGGGGAAGUAUUAAAUUGUGAUAAUAGUAAAGAAUCAAAGAAUGAUGGAUGUGCAAAAAUUCAUUUGAAGGAUAGUGCCAAUGAUAAACACGCAGAAAAGUCAAAAUAUAUACUUUUACAGGAUUACAAAAAACAGUUAAUCGAAUUAAGAAACGAAAUUCAUGGAGCUGUAUUGAAAACACAUGAUGAACUAUGCCAGCAACUAGAUAAAUAUGACUUGAAGGAAGAAUUAGAACAUAAAAUAAUGUUAUUACAAGAUGAAUUAAAUAUAGAGGAUGACAAUAUUUUUGACAGCGAUUGCUCAGAUGAACAGAUUUAUAAACCAACAUCCAUAGGAUCAGAAAAAAGUCUGAAAAAGGUGUCUUUUACUGAGAAAGAUCACACAAAAUAUCUAGAUGACCAUGCUCCUGACCCUCCACUAGUACUGCAUUUUAAGCAUUCUACAUAUGUGCCUCAAAUAUUAGAAUCCAAAAAUUCAGAUCAAAUUGAUGGGCCACAUGAUAUAUAUAGAGUAUAUAAAAAUUGUUUUGUGCAAAAUACUAAACCCUUUAAAUCAAUUUUAAAGAAAACAACAUCAAGCAUCUUGAAACCCGUAAAUGAAGUGUCAAAUACUGAAGCUCCUGGAUUUGGUGAUACUGCAAAACAACAAAUUCAGAAACAAAAGAAAACAAGUUGCCCCAUCGUUAUUGGAGAUGUAUUUGAGCAUAAAACUCCGACGACAAUGCAUGAUACAAACAUGAAAAAUGUAGAUGUUGUAACUGGCCCAAUAAGCCGAUUUAAAUCUAAAAGAUUAUAUCCAAAAUAAACUCAGUUUGUUAUAAUAUUAUUUAUAUUUUCAUGUGAAUUGUAUAAAAGUAACUCAUUCUCACACUAUUGGUUUAAAUUUACACACAUUAAAUAAAUUUAUUAAAACAUAAGU